GUCUUUGUAAGGCCUGCCGAACCAAAACCGAUUAUCGAACCAAAGAGCCGCGUGUCUGCAGAUUCUGAGCAAAAUAAAGAAAAACUUGCCGAGGAUGGUAGAGAAUCCACCACAGACAAAACUGUAGGCAGAAGAAGAUUUCGUGAGCUUCGACAACGCAUGCAAACGGAAGAUGACGAUAUUCCAAUUAACAGUUCUCCUCCGGAUAGUCAGACAUCUUCCAUCGAGGGGCGAGUGGGCCGAAUUCUGGCGGGAGUCGCAGAUAACGCUUCUGGCGUACUUGUAUCUGGUAUAUCCCAGUGCCCUCCUCCUGCCGCCCUUACCCGCGAAGGUCAGAUGUCCUCCGUUGCUAGUAUUCCAAGCAAAGAGGAGGACACAACCUCUGGUAAGGUGUCCCAGUCUUCCAGCGUCCUUACGUUAUCAGGGGAUGUCCUGCAGGAAUCCUCUGUUAACGGUAGAUCCACGUAUGCUCCUCACUCGCAAAGUGAUAAGACUGUUAUGCUUCAAGAACCCGAUGUCAUCGCUAGUACAAAGAAUAACGGAAAAUCAGUGGAAGAUGUUGCGAUGCCUGGUGUACCCGUUGCUCCACCACGUCGUAAAAAGAAAACAAAGACAAGUACAUCGGGUGAUCUCGCUCCUUCCGCAGAGGUACUUGUUCCCGCGUCGCCGCUUCCAAGUCCAGCGAGUACUAUAGAAUCAAUAACUAAAGAAUUCGAGCACUCUCUCGAUAUUCGAUCCGCGACGAAAGGCCAAUACGUCGUUAAGCCACAAGAUGAAGAUAAAUUGAAAGCAGAAGGCCCAUCUACCGAGGAAUUAGAAAGGGUAGAAAGAAUGAAAGCAGAACUGCUUAGUCGAUCAAGCGAAAAGUCUAGUAGUCCGUUAGGAUCGGCGUCGAGCAACAGUAUCGGCCGUUAUUCUCUAGGUCCGCAUAAGCUCCCGGGCGUGAGUCCACAGGGUUCCAAAGAAAGACGUAAAUCUGCCGGUGAUCAAGAUUUGAUUAAGCAAUUAAAUAUGUUUGUAAGGACUAGGACGGAUUCUGGCAAGCGUCUUACCGAUAUGGAAAUUCUGGAACAAGUGCCUGUAACGAAUUUAGACACAGGGGAACAGGUGCCAUUAAGUAUAGCGGAAGAUAAAUUACCGCAGUGUAUCAAUCCUUUGUCAUUACACAUUAUGAGACUCACUAAAUCUAAAUACAUGAGCACGUCUAGUCUGGAGAAGGAAAAAGAGAGCGAUGAAGAAAGCGUAGAUAGUAAAAUGUCUAGUAUACCCCCGGACGAAGAUGUAUCCGUAGACAGAGUUCGUAAGCGGACGCAGAAGUUGAAACGAUUUCUAGGAUCGACCGUAAAAAAGACUAUGAACAAAGCCAAAUCUAUCGCGCAAGAAGUGUCGCACGCGAGACAUAAAGAAGAUGUCAUGGACAUAGUGGACGAAGUUUAUCCCGGUGAACAACAGUACAUAAAAUUGAAGGCAUCGAACAGUCACAAAGGUCCGUACGAGUUCAGUUGUCUGCAGCACGUUCAAGAUCUUAGCGGGGAACACGUAGGACCGGUCUGGUGCAUGAAGUUUUCAGCCUGCGGCCGACUGUUGGCCACUGCGGGACAAGAUCGCGUUCUACGAAUCUGGGUUCUGCGAGACGCCUUUACGUAUUUUCAGGACAUGCGAACCAAGUAUAACGCGGAGAAAGUCAGUCCUACUCCUUCACAGGAAUCUUUAGUCUCGCAGCAAUCCAUGGAAGAUCCCAACAUCGUGGCUAGUGCCUUCAGUGAGAUAGAAGGAACGAAAAGUCCGUUCAUGCCAAAGCCCUUUUGCACAUAUACCGGUCAUACCUCGGACUUGCUCGACGUCUCGUGGUCCAAGAACUAUUUCGUUUUAUCCUCGUCGAUGGACAAAACUGUACGGCUUUGGCACAUAUCCCGCAAGGAAUGCCUAUGUUGCUUUCAACACAUCGACUUUGUCACCGCCAUAGUAUUCCAUCCACGAGACGAUCGAUAUUUUCUCUCAGGAUCUCUGGACGGCAAAUUACGCCUAUGGAAUAUUCCAGAUAAAAAGGUCGCGGUAUGGAACGAAGUGGACGGACAAACAAAGUUGAUUACCGCGGCCAACUUUUGUCAAAAUGGGAAAUUCGCGGUUGUAGGGUCGUACGAUGGUCGUUGCAUAUUUUACAAUACCGAUCAAUUGAAGUACCAUACUCAGAUACACGUCCGAUCGACAAGGGGGAAAAAUUCCACCGGUCGCAAGAUCAGUGGAAUCGAGCCUAUGCCGGGAGAAGACAAAAUAUUGGUUACAUCGAACGACAGUCGCAUUCGUCUGUACGAUCUGAGAGACUUAAACUUGUCGUGCAAAUACAAGGGAUAUGUCAACGUCAGUAGUCAAAUUAAAGCGAGUUUCAGCCCAGACGGGCAAUAUAUAGUUAGCGGUUCUGAAAAUCAGUGCAUUUAUAUCUGGAAGACCCAUCACGAUUAUUCCAAAUUUUCUAGCGUUCGUAGGGAUCGAAAUGAUUUCUGGGAGGGCAUAAAGGCGCAUAACGCCGUAGUAACGUGUGCCGUGUUUGCACCGAAUCCAGACAGUAUUAUCAAGCAAAUCGAAGCGAGAGAACAAUGGGAGAGCAAGGAGGAGAAAGGCGUGGAUAGUUGCAACGUAAGUGUCAUUCCCGUUGAUCCUGUCGUCGAGCAACGCACUAAGGGUUGCGGAGGUCACGUUCUCGUAAGCGCCGAUUUCAAUGGGUGUAUAAAGGUUUUUUUAAACAAGACAAAACCGAAGCACAGUUCCCUACCGGCAUCUGCACUUGCAUAAUGUAACGUAACGUAAUGUGUAACGUAUGCACGAGCGUAUUUUGUUGCGUGAAUGCGCGUUCCCUUGCCUCCUUUCGCCGCUUAUAGGUUUGUCUCGAACGGUAUUUUUUCCUUAACGGUAUUUUUAUGCCAGGUACACAAGCAUUACUUAAUCUUUGUGAGUACGCGUGCGCAUGUAUGCAUGUAAAUAGUUUUAAAUGAUUUAUAUACAUAUAUAUGUAUGUAUGUACAUCAAUGACAAAGAUUUCUUUCUUAAAAUCGUGCACGUUUAAGUUUAAAAACAACUGAUAUCUGUCAAUUCCAACGUAAUACGCUCUAAUGGGAAUACAUAAUACCGCAGUGUAAAUUUCCCUGAAAGUUUUAUUGUGUUAGAUAAAACAAAUUUUGUGUACAUACUUGCAUAUUUCUAACGGAUGUCUAAAAAAUUUUUCCAUUUUUUGCUUCCUUCGUAUCACGACUCGCGACAGUGCUGGUCCACUGUUACCAAGAAAAAAAAAAGAGAUAAAAGUUACUAAUAUUCCACAAAGAGAGAUUUAUCAAAAUUAUAUCAUAAUACGAUAGCGAUAAGUCGUUAGUGUGUGGACAUGCCACAAAUUUCGAAUUGUUCUUGAACACUGUAUGUACGAUAAAGGCACAAUGAAGACGAGAGCACCUUGGUGAAAACGAAGUAUAAAAAGGAAGUACGGAUGAUGGCAAAAUAUCCGAGAAUAGCUCCUUUCAUUCGUUAUAUAUGUCAAAGAUCUCUCAGAUCUAUAAAAGUGACUUGAUUAUUUAUUGGUAGUGAAACAGGUUAAAAUAGGGAUUGCUAAUUUUUACAAACAUUGAAUCAGAUUUUGCAAAAUUCUAAUGCUUUCUAAAUCGUGUUCUUGUCGAGAACACAUAUAAUAGUUGUAAGAUAGCGUAACACAUCGAAGACAAUAUCAAAGAUGUUUUAAAACUAAAAUGUAUCAUACGUGCGUUGUUUGUUUUUUUACGCAUUUUAAAAAGUGUAAUAAAACGCCGUAUCUUUAUCGUAAAAUUUUAAAUAACGCAUACGAGACACGCUACAAUUGGACAUUGUGCUAUAUACAUAUAACAUAAUACAACGUUAGUUACCGUGAUUAAGCGUACAUAUGUAGUUUAUAUCUCGUACAUUGAUACUUUAUGUAAAAAUUGUCAUAUGCUCACGGUACUCGCUGAUCUAGAGUUUAAUAUCGUACAUAAGAUAUAUUGGAUUAAUAUCGAUGCAAAUCAUGUACUUUCGCGUUCUGCCAAUUGUAAGAACGGAAAUUAUUAUUCACAUGUAUAUAGGUCGCGCGCGAAAGGACAGCGUUUGAUACUCUUUGUUUGAGAUUACAUGCACACUUGUUUUUUUUUUUGCACAACCCCGAUAGGAAAAGAUUUAUAACAUUAGGUGCUUUCCAUUUACAUCAAAACUCAGAUAAUUCUCACUUGUGACGUCGUUCUAUCCUUUUUGGGAAUUAAUGAAUAAUAAAGACAGAAUGACCACAAGUGAGAAUUAUCUGAGUUUUGAUGUAAAUGGAAAGCAACUAUUAUAUAUGACGAAAUCUGUAUGAACGUGGGAAUACUGCAAUUAUCUCAAUAUUUGCUACAAUAUAUUAGUAGAUAGUUUAGACCUUUGCGCAAAUAUCGUUGAAUAUUUGCACAAUUUAUUUCUAAAUAUUAUUUCAGCAAAAUAGCAGCGUUAUGAGGAAUUAUCUUAGCGGAAUAUUUGCAAAAUUAAAUUUGGAAAAAACGUGGGAAAUAAUUGUGAAAUAAUUAAAAAAUAUGUCAGAGUUUUAUUAUACAUAAACCGGUAAAUAUGUACUCCUGUAUUACGUAGCAUAUUCUCUGUUUGCUGAGUCGCUGAUAAAUAGCAUCUUUUUUGUGAUGUUGCUUAUUCUAAAUAUCGAAAUAAUUGUGCAACAUUUUAACUUUCAAUUAAAUUUCUCAAUUUUUGUGCAAAUAUUUAGAAAUUUUAUGCCGGCAAGAACGCUGCGUUAUAAGGAAUCAUCUUAGGAUAAUAAUCGCGUGAAAUUUCUCUCAAUUGAAUGAUGCAAUUAUUGUACAAUAUUUGCACAAUUUUUCUAUCGGGGUAGUUAUAUGUAAUUUAGAAACAUAAGGCUCGUAUUCAUAUAUAGUUCGUUCUUAAGUAUAUAUUAUUAUUCAAGACCGUCUUAAGUGUAGUCUUCAGAUACUAAUACGGCUCUGCGAUGAUUGGUUGAUAACGUUUUAAGAUUGCACAUACUUAAGACGGUUUUAAAUAUAUAAGAACAAACUAUACUGGCCAUAAUCACUCAUAAGACGUCGAAAUAUAUGUAUAUUCGAAUCGGAUCAAGUUUAUAGCCACAAUUGUAAAAUGAUUAACAUUUGCAGUGUAAUGAGCCAGCUAGAUACGAGUUUCACAGAUAGCGUAAAAUACGUUUAAAUUGUAUCGCGAUUACAAUGUGUAAGUAUGCAGGGAAGAAUUGUAAUUAUUAUUUUGUGUAAACGCAAAUUGUAAAUAUAUAAUUAUAGUGCAUCGAUA